GAUGGCCUCUGCAAGUUUGGUGAGGCUGGUUGGAAAGCCUGACUCUUCCAGGAAGACUUCCCAGGCUGUGCCCAGGGCUGAGCUGCUGUGUAGAUCUGCUAAGGUGGAGGCACAGGGCCUGGAGCUGGCAAAAGAGAGUGAGAAAAAGGAGCAGAGAAGUGACCCCAGACUCUCAAGCGUCUCAGUUUCAAACACUGGUAUAAGUGAUCAAGGGAAGGAGCAGGCAGCUAAAGAAUUGGAUCAGCAGGGAGUGUUCAGGGAUAAUUCAGCCCUUCCUUCUCAGGGCAGAAGUGUGAAAGCAGCUUUAGAUGAGCUGUGGGCCCUGGAGCUGUCUGAGCACGUACCAGAAGUACACAGAAAGGGUGACAGCAUUUUGAGUCCUGUGUGUGACCCUUCUGUUGUGGGACUGGAUCAGUGGGCUGUCUUCCCAGACACUGAAAAACAGUUGGGCUUUGCUGUGGAGCGAGGACAGGAGCAAAAGGCUGAAGUAUCACCUGAAAUCCAAGUAGGUGGCUGUCCUGAGCUGGUCAAGAAGAGGCAGGGCAGGGAGAGAACUCCCAGAAAGGCAGGUACUGCUAACAUGAACAAAGCUGGAGAAGAUGGAGAAAAUGAGCAGCUCAGAAGCUCUGCAGUUGCUCCAGAAUCUCCUGAAAACACUUGGAAAGCUGAAUGGGAUUUGCCAUGCCUCUCCAAACCACCCAUUGAGAGGAUUUCUGCAUCAGGCCAGAUUAAGUCUUUAAUCAAGAGGACAAAAGAAACCUCCAAUGUGCAUCCAAUGAGUCGUGACCUCUCUCCAAGGCGUAAAUUAGGUCCUGCAAUAUUUCACAAGACCAAGUCCCAAGAUCGCUUGAUUGAAGAGCUGCAGGACAGACUGGGAGUUGCUAAACAGGAAAAAGAGGAGCAGAAAAGCCAGAAUGGCUGGCUGACAGAGGGGGUCAUUAUCACUGCCCGACCCCAGGGGGAAGAGCAAAAUGGUGGACAGCAAAUAGAGAAGGUGGUAUUGCCUCCAGAAUCCCCACACCCUCGAAGGAGGACAGUCUCUGUUUCAGCCUCUCCCCCGCUCCAGCCUUCCAAUGAAGCUGUGAAGACAGUCCCUGCUAAUGCUUCUCCCUCUCACGUACCUGUCCUCCCACUGCCAGCUCAGCCCUCCCAUGCACUAGCUACCUCAGCUCCAUGUCCAGCCUCCUCCUAUUCCUCCCGCUUGGCUCCCCAGCCACUUUUCCAGUGGGAAGCUUCUGGUGCUGAUUAUCAUGAGCUCUCUGUUGUGGGCACCCCUCCUUCUGAAGAUCCUAGGCACUCUUCUCCCCAGACCUGGACCCCUAGCACCAAGACAGUCGUUUCUGUUGGCUGUCAAACAGAAGAUGAGGCUUUCCUCCCGCGGAUGCAGGUGACCUCUGCUCCUCCCCUCACCUGCAGUGCCAACCUGCUGGCUGCCUGCGCGCCCCCAGCCCCUCCCAGCCCUGAGAAGUUCAUGGCACAGGGGAAGGCCGGCGGCAGCAGCUCCCCACCAUCCACCACCCCCAAGCCUGGCAGUCAGCUGGACACCAUGCUGGGAAGCCUGCAGUCUGACCUGAACAAACUGGGGGUAGCAACAGUCGCCAAGGGUGUGUGUGGAGCCUGCAAGAAGCCGAUUGCUGGGCAGGUAGUUACAGCCAUGGGGAAAACCUGGCACCCUGAGCACUUUGUCUGCACCCACUGCCAGGAGGAGAUCGGGUCACGGAACUUCUUUGAGCGGGAUGGGCAGCCCUACUGCGAGAAGGACUAUCACAACCUCUUCUCUCCUCGCUGCUACUACUGCAAUGGGCCAAUCCUUGAUAAAGUGGUGACGGCUUUGGACAGGACGUGGCACCCUGAACACUUUUUCUGUGCCCAGUGUGGAGUUUUCUUUGGACCUGAAGGAUUUCAUGAGAAGGAUGGCAAAGCCUAUUGCCGCAAGGAUUACUUUGACAUGUUUGCUCCCAAGUGUGGAGGCUGUGCCCGGGCUAUCCUGGAAAAUUACAUUUCUGCCUUAAACACCCUGUGGCAUCCUGAGUGCUUUGUCUGCCGGGAAUGUUUCACGCCAUUCAUCAACGGCAGCUUCUUCGAGCACGACGGGCAGCCCUACUGUGAGGUGCAUUACCACGAGCGCCGCGGCUCGCUGUGCUCUGGCUGCCAGAAGCCCAUCACGGGACGCUGCAUCACUGCCAUGGGCAAGAAAUUUCACCCUGAACACUUUGUCUGUGCCUUCUGCCUCAAGCAGCUCAACAAAGGAACCUUCAAAGAACAGAACGACAAGCCCUACUGUCAGAACUGCUUUCUCAAACUCUUCUGUUAAAGGCAUCAUAGAUGGGAGCUAAGCAUCUUUCUGCCGCCCCUUGUGGCAGUUCUGUCUCUUUGAACAUUACUGUGAUUUAGAAACCUUACCAGGCAGGGGAGGGGGCGGGUGGCAGUGCUCAGUGCUGCUGCAGAGAGGCAGUAGAUCCAGAGAUGAGACGGACCAUUAAACUGGAAAUGCCCUUGCUGUGUCUCAGUAGAGAGAGGCUCGGUCCCCUCAUUACGGUGUAUCUGUGUAUGACUGACAGCUGAGCUUAGCCCCAGGGCUCCACGGGGAGGCUGUCCUCAGCCCCUGCUGCCAGGAGCAGCUCUGCAUGCAGGAUUCUGCCUGUGUCAGCUCUGGGCAAACCCUGACACUUGCAGGCAGCAGUUUUGACACCUGGCACAGCGAGGGCAUCCCGUGAUCUCAGCAGCACCCUGCCUCUGCUCCUAGAGCCACGUGGCAUGUGUGACUUACAGACCAGAGCCUCAGCACAGGGCUGCCACGGCCCUGCAAGGGUCUCUCCAGUUCCAUUACACUGUAAGGAGUUGAUACCACUUUUUGUUGUUGUUGUUUUAAGAGGAAUGAAGGUGUUACUCUGUGGGUUCUUCCUGGUUUGUUACUCCGUGCCUCUUCUCAGCACGUGGAAGCAGUGGGUGCUGUCCCCCUUCAGAAGCCUUGGUGCAGGGAGUCAGAGCACAGCACUGCUGCCCAUCCCCAGCAGGAGUGCAGGCUGUGUCCCACUGUCAGGGCCCGAGCUCCUCCCGAGGGAGGGGGGGAAGAAGCGAAGGGGUUUAAGAAGCCAGGAAACAAACCAAGUCCUAACUUUCUCUUUCUUCUUCCUCUCUUUGCUAACGAGAGCUGCCAGCCUUCGGCCCUUCCCCUCUCUGCUCCCGUCCCACGUGUGCUACUAAGAGAUGCUACAGCAAUAACUUUUAUACUGACUGUUCUGCCAAACCCCGGGCGGGCUCUGCGACACGCCCGGUUUUACUAUGGGAACGAAUACUGUAUCCUGUCUUUGAUAAGAUUUCUACACUGAUUUUCGAAUUCGUAUCUAAUUUGCUUUUAAUCCUCUUAUACAGAAAUUGGUUUUGAAGUGAUUUUAAAGAGAGCGACUUUUCUAUCAGCGCUGCGGUGGCGGUGCCGUUCAACCCAACGGGCGCGGGGCGCCGCUUAGCGCGGCUCGGGGCCGGGGAGCGCAGCUCGGGCUGCGGGGCGGGGCGGGGCGGAGAGCCGCGGGGGGCGGAGCGCCGUGCCGGGCUGUGCCGGUGCCGCCUCCUCGCAACGGCGCUACGGGCGGGCCGAGCCCUGCAGCCCUCGGAAGGCAAUAACCGGCUCUGCUGGGCGUCGCCGCGUCGCCUCCCCGCCAUGUAACGCUCUCGCUGCGCUUUGCUUCCAUUUACGUUCUUGCAGUUACGCCAAUAAAGUUUGUACCGUUA